AUGUCUUCUCCCAUUGAUAGAGAUGCCGCUGACACCGCCAACAUGGAUAGUGCCCAGAAACUGCCGGAGAAACUGUCGCCAGUUGAUACGUCGACGACUACCCGUGACUCGGAUCAAGGCCUCCCAGCGCUCAAAGACUGCCUGGGCCACGAGUUUGAUAUCAACAAUCUACGACAAAUCCUACCCCAAAAACCACGUCCUUUCAUACCGGGCCUGUUUGUACCGGGCAUCUCGGUCCUCUAUCUUGACGGGCUACCCAUUCGAACCUACAAUAUUUGUGGUAUAUCAUACAACAUGCAGCAACCUCCUAACGAGACGAGGAGCUCCGUCAGUAGGUUCACCAUCGACAGGAGGUGCAUCAAAUACUCGCUAGAAGUCGUGCAACAGCCAGAAAAAGCUCGAGCAUGUGGAUCUGGACCCAGAUCAUCAAAUGACCGGAGACCAGUAGACCCACCUCCGGUUGUCGAACUGAAGGUGUUUAUCAAUGAUGUCGACACCACGAUGCAGUACGAUGCCACCUUCAUGCUCUAUGCCAGUUUGGAAGUUGCUCGGCCGAUAGCAGGGGGUAAAAUGCACGUCCCGCCCGCUAUUCCCGUAUUGGCCGGGGUCACAAUAGCCAGUGCCGCUUAUCUGGAAAAGCCGAAACGAGCCGCCUACUUCAUCUUUCCAGAUCUAUCCGUCAGACAUGAAGGCUGGUAUCGGCUGAGGUUCUCGCUGUUCGAGGGGGUGAAACACGACCAGGAUGCCGAUAUCGGAAAGCCGUUUAACCGCACCGAGAGAGACGGGGAUAAUUUGACGGCGCCUGUCCGUCACGAAGGCGUCUUCAAUCGGAUGGAAGUCCUGUCCACUCCAUUCCAGGUCUACAGCGCCAAGAAAUUCCCAGGACUCAAUCAGAGCACGGCUCUAAGUAUGAUGGUCGCCGACCAAGGCUGCAGAGUUAGGAUUCGGAGAGACGUCCGGCAAAGAAAACGACGGCAGAAGUCUGGAGGCGAAGGCGAUGACGCUCCGAGCUCCUACCAGGGCACCCCCCAACCCACCUAUCGCAACCUCGACCACUCCAGAUCAGUCAGUCGCAAUAGCAUUGGCACUCAGCACGAGAAUGAGUUACAAAAUCGCGAUCCCGCCGAAGCCCUCUGGGCUCGCCAGGACGCUGCAAUGCGGGCGCGACUGUUGGCUUCCAACCACUCGUCGAUAGCGGCACCCAGUGCUGUACUACCUUCACCUACCACAUCGAUGCCUCCACCUCCUGUAUACAAUCCCGCUCCUGCACGAAGGCCAUCAUUCGACAAUCGGCCCAAGCCCUUGCUCACUAUGCCGAUCCCCCGACCCUCGCAGCCUUCCUCUGCUGUGCCCAACCAGUCGUCGGUUCCAAGACCCAUGACCCCAGACACCGAGAGAAGUCUUACUCUGCCGCCGCUGAGAUUUCCCGGUGCGAGCACGUCCAAACCCGAUUCACCGGGUCUCAGAUACAAUAUGCCAGCACCUACAGCAAUGAAGAGGACAUUCAGCCCCGGAUCCUCUAUCCAAGAGACAUCCUUGAAAGAUGGGGCUCGACCUGGGAUGCCUCCUGCCCAUUGUCCACCACCACCCCCUCCGAGUGGUAGCGAUAUUAUCGAACCGGAUGUCAGUGGCGAUGGGGAUGACGACGAUGAAGAGGCGGAGUUAUUCGCCGAUGCAUUGAUAUACACGCGGGCGGACGGUACCAAAAGCUACAGAUACCGUCCAGGAACCAGUUAUUUUCGGUAA